UCACAGCGUUGUAGUUCGUAGUUGACUGUGCAGCCAUUUUGGGGAGGCAGUGGAUCGGGGAGCUUGUGUGCCAUUAUCAGCUGCUUAAAAACACACAAAGAAACCAAACGGACAAACGUUGGACGACACGCCGUCAAAUAUGGGCCCACCGGGAGACAGAACACGCCACACGUCGACUGAAAGAACGGAGGAUUUCAGCUGGAUUGUCGAUUUAUCUUGACAUGGCAUGCAGCAGGGCGAGUCGGAGGUUGUGACGAUUGAAGAAAAGAAGAGAAAGAAAACAAGCGCAGCAAACACCUCGAAACUUCAACCGUGUAAAGGGGAGAUUUGUUUAGCUAACAUUUUUUUCGCAACUCAGCGGUUGUCGUUGGUUGGUUAUUGAUUCCCUAGCGGGUUUUUGUCGAUAAAGUUAGUGACAAGACACGACUGAAGCACAUUACACCUAGCUAAAAUGCUGAGCACAAGCAUAACCAGUUAGUCAACCAACCCUGCAGGUCUCUUGACUCUCACAGCACUGGCAGUUACAUUGAACCUGGCGAGAAAAUGUAAACGCGUAGAAAGAUGACUGUUCGCUAGCUAGCCAACCACACAUAGGCCUCAUUUAAGCCAAUCAGUCAGAAGAUAAGAUGUAGUUAUAUCGUUGGUUCACUACUAGUUAGUGUUGGAAGUAAAUGCCCAGAUUAGCUUGCUAGCUCAUCUUAGCUAGUGUGCUAAAAAUACGCCCACAUCAUGACUAUCAGCAGUGGCAGCACCGCAGGCCGUGGGCCAAAUGAAUGGCAGUAGAAGUCAAGGAAAUGUCGAGUUACUUUCGCAGUAGUCUUCGAUGUUACCCGGGGCCAAUAUCUCCUGGCAUCUGUAUUUGCCUGCCAUGUUCGUCUGUGUCCCCGAUCCGCCUGUAACACGCAUAUAACGCAUUCUCUACAGAGAAACAAACAAAAAACGAUAGCAAUGGAUGAGGGACUUUGAAAUGACCCCAAGAGUAUUUGUCUGCUUGCUAGUCUCUGUAGUCCUCAAUUUCACUAGCAAAACUAUACUACCGGUAUGGGUUUUUUACAGUAGCAGCUGUUUCUGUUGAUUUCAGUAACAUUCUCAGAAGAAAAGUUAGUCACAUUUGAGUUGCUUUUUCAUUUAAAUCUCUGUUGUAAACCCAUGUCAAUGGCAGGUUGAAAAAAAGCUCACUUGGCUUAAAAGUCAUGUCUUAAAACAUGGAUUCCUGAACAAGUAAUAAGGAGAUGUAGUCUUAGCUUGUAGACCAUUCCCCCUUUCAACACUGCCCUUUUACACAAAUUAAAAAUGACGUAGUUUUGUUUCUGAUUUGUUGACCUUCAAAGUUGGUAGUUCGUGGGAAUUUUACAGAUCUAGCCUAGAGUCGUUUGAUGCGUUGUUUCUGCAAAGGCUAGCUAGUUCCAUCCUUUAUCCAACAUAUUAAUACAAACGUAGAGUAUAGCCAAAAUAUUCUGUAGAGAAGAAGACACUACCAUCAAAAUCUAACCAUGGGGGACCCAACUUCACGAAGAAAUCAAACAAGAAAUCGACUACGAGCUCAACUUCGGAAGAAAAGGGAAUCUUUGGCCGAUCAGUUUGACUUCAAGAUUUAUAUAGCCUUCGUUUUCAAAGAAAAGAAGAAGAAGUCUGCACUUUUUGAGGUAGCUGAAGUGGUGCCAGUGAUGACCAACAACUAUGAAGAAAACAUCCUACGAGGUGUGCGAGAUUCCAGCUACUCUCUCGAGAGUUCGAUAGAGCUCCUGCAAAAAGAUGUUGUGCAACUGCACGCCCCCAGAUACCAGUCAAUGCGAAGGGAUGUGAUAGGCUGCACACAGGAGAUGGACUUCAUCCUUUGGCCACGCAACGAUAUUGAGAAGAUUGUCUGUCUGCUGUUCUCCAGAUGGAAGGGUGCUGAAGAUGAACCCUUUAGGCCUGUUCAGGCCAAGUUUGAAUUUCAUCAUGGAGACUACGAGAAGCAGUUCUUGCAUGCUUUGGGGCGUAAAGACAAGGCUGGAAUGGUCAUGAACAACCCAACGCAGUCUGUAUUUCUCUUCAUGGAUAGACAGCACUUACAGACUCCUAAAACCAAGGCCACAGUGUUCAAGUUGUGCAGCCUCUGCCUUUACUUGCCCCAGGACCAGCUGACCUGCUGGGGUGUGGGAGACAUCGAGGAUCACCUCCGCCCAUACAUGCCUGAUUAAGGCUCCCUGCAUCACCCAGCCACACAGGGAAACGUCCUCCCCCUCCCUCCAGCCUAAGCCUUCAGAAGCAAAUUGAUGUACUCAUCUCCACCCGUUUCCUUUUAAAAGAUUUGAACUUGUGCUUGGAUCUCUCCUUUUUUUUUGUUACCUACUCAGUCUCCCCUUCCUGACCUGAAGCUGAUUUAGUUCCCAUCCUUGUUUUUUUAGUUUUUUUUCCUUCACGCUCCCAAUGUUCCGUCUCUUCUCUCUUCCAUUUUUGGAGUGGUUCCCCCAUUUCUUUUUUUUUUUUUACUCCCUCCAUUCCCUCCUACUCACUCAUCCAUUUUUGUUCAUUUGAACCUGCACGAACAUUGAUUUUGAGUGGUUGGUUGUUCUCUUGGAGCCGCACUGUCAACAGCACCGGUCAUUGAAGGAACUCUUUAUGUUGCAUCAAAACAGGAACAAACAAUACACAGGUCUUCACGCUGGUUCUCAGAUGGACAUGUUUUAUAUCCUUGUUGUCAUAAGAAAGGAUUGUUAAAGCUUGCUUGUAAUGGCAAUGGGGUUUCUAGAACAACUUUACACAAUCUUUUGACCAAGGACAGGUGUGAAUAGGUGUUAUAAUACCUGUAUAAGCAAAGAAAACAAGAUGAACAAUAUUUGUCAAAUCAUACGGUGUAGGUAUUGCUUUUUAAAACCGCCUUAGUUUUUUUUUUGCUGGACUUUGAGAGGAAAAGAAUUGUUUUGCUGUCAUUAGCUUUCCUCCGAAACAUGCUAGGCAGGCCUUUGCUAAAAUCUUGAGUGACUUGAAAGACAUUGUACACAAAAUUGAGACAUGUUGGUUAGAUGUUGAAGGUCAUUGUCACCAUUCAGGCACCAUUUGUUUAAGCUACUGAAAUCUGAUGUUUUAUGUUUUGAUUCAUUUGGGAUGUGGGUUGGUGGUAAACUGAAAUGGUGACAUACUGUUUUACUUGCCUAACAAAAGUUCCUGAAAGCUAACUGAUAUGUUUAAUUUGACCUACUAAAAUGAAAACAAUUUGCUUCCAUGCUAUCAAAAUAAAAUUGGGUUUCACAGGCUUGCUUAUCAAAGAAUAGGAAGUUCAUAGCAUAAUUUUGCUCCUUGUUGAUUCAGUGUGUUCACUUAAAAGGGUAUAAGGUGUAUAACUUCUGGGUUUUUUCUGUUGAAUCACAAAUCAGUACUGCUGAGCAUAUCCCAAUACAAUGCAAAUUCUGAAAGCA